AUGAUGGACAUGGCCUCAAGCACAACUUCGUCCGCCAUGAGUAUGAUGGGCACAGCAACUUCAACUGCGGCCACGGCGACCUCAACCGGGAUGAAGAUGAGUAUGGGUGGUGGAAAAUGCAAAAUAUCGAUGCUUUGGAAUUGGUAUACUAUCGACAGCUGCUUCCUUGCCCGGUCUUGGCAUAUUACCAGCCAUGGAAUGUUUGCAGGCUCCUGUAUAGGAGUAGUUCUCCUUGUCAUGUGCCUAGAGCUUCUUCGACGCGCGAGCCGUGAAUAUGACAAGUAUCUGUCCGGGCGUCCCACUUUCUCGCACUUAGCUGGCAGUCCUCCUGCAUCACCUGCUCAAAAUGCACCAAACAAAUCCUGCGACCAUUCUUCCCGAUCAAUGAACACCCUUCCCAUGAGACGACGAGGGCCUACCAUAUUGCAGCACCUUAUUCGCUCUUUCUUGCACAUGGUAACCUUUGCUGUGGCAUACUUUGUCAUGCUUCUUGCAAUGUAUUACAACGGAUACAUUAUUAUUUGCAUCUUCAUUGGCGCUUUCCUCGGAUUUUUUACGUUUGGCUACGAGCGUCCAGAGGAGAAUAAAAGCAAGUAA